UUCCAGCUGAUUACGUUACCACGACAACCGACGAAAAGUACAACAGACAAAAGAGCUGGAAGUUGCAAUUUCUUAGUGAAUCGUUCCCAACCCAAAGUGGAGUACAAGGACACCAAGGACACAUAACGAAGCACUAGAAAUCCUUCUAAAAUGACGUAUUCAAUCGUCCCGCACCGGGCGAACCUGGUGCUCCAGAUGCUCCUCCAGGCCAAUACCUAUGUGUCCAUGGUGUGGGCCAUGAGCUACCUGAUCCACAUGCUAUUCCGCCUAAAUCACUUGUGGAACGUGGAGGGCCUGUCCAUGCUGGUGGCCUACACCCUUGCCGUAUCCGCUGAGUCCGUACGCCUGUACGCUGGCUACUCUGUGAACCUGUGCUCCGGGGCCACCGCCAUGUGGUUGCUGCUCACAGUGACGCCCUGCAUUCUGCUGCCCGCCAUGGUCUUCCUCCGUCUUUCAUCUGCCGGACGCAGUUUGUGGCUUCGCAUCAUCACGAAUGCCGUGUUUGGACUAAUGACCCUGGAGGUAAUCGUAUCCGUGGUUCACUUUGUGAUAUGCAAGCCAGGCCAAAAGAGGUCGAUGCCCCAGGCAGAGGAGGAGGAGGAGGAGGAGGAGGAUCUGCCCGAGGAGCACUCAUCCGCCGUGGGAUCCCCCACUUCCAGUGAGCAAAAGCGACGCGUGCGUCGAUCCCCGGAAUCGAAGUGAAGGGCCAAGCA